AGAUUAUUAUAUAUAGUUUGGAAUAAUAUAUUUUUAAGAAAUGAAAUUCAUAAACAUAUUUUAAAGUUUAUAAAACAUAAAGUUGUAGAUCUUGAUAUAUCAACUUAUAACCAGUUUAAAGAUAAAUCAUAUAUAACAAUACUUUGUCUCACAACACUCACAUUCGGUUAUAAGUUUAAUCAAGUAGUUAAACCUGGCACAUUGCCAAAUAGUCUAACAACACUCAUAUUCGGUCAUGAUUUUAACCAAGUAGUUCCACCCCGCACAUUACCAAAUAAUCUCACAACACUCACAUUCGGAGGUGCUUUUAAGAAAGUAGUUCAACCCGGCACAUUACCAAAUAGACUCGCAACACUCACAUUCGGAGGUGCUUUUGACCAAGUGGUUCAACCCGGCACAUUACCAAAUAGUCUCACAACACUCACAUUCGGUUUUCGUUUUAACCAAGUAAUUCAACCCGGCACAUUACCAAAUAGUCUAACAACACUCACAUUCAUAAAUAAAUUUAACCAAGUGGUUCCACCUAGGACAUUUCCAAAUAGUCUUAAAACACUCACAUUCGGUCAUGAUUUUAACCAAGUGGUUCCACCUAGGACAUUACCAAAUAGUCUUAAAACACUCACAUUUGGUGGUAAUUUUAACCAAGCAAUCCUACCGGGCACAUUACCAAAUAAUCUAACAACACUCACAUUUGGUGAUGAUUUUGACCAAGCAAUUCUACCCGGCACGUUACCAAAUAGUCUCACAACACUCACAUUCGGUCUUUAUUUUAACGAAGUAGUUCUACCCGGCACAUUACCAAAUAGUCUCACAACACUCACAUUCGGUUAUUUUUUUAACCAAAUAGUUCCACCCGGUUCAUUACCAGAUAGUCUCACAACACUCAAAUUUGGUGAUGGUUUUAACCAAAUAGUUCCACCUGGCACAUUACCAAAUAGUCUUAAAACACUCACAUUCGGUCGUAGUUUUAACCAAGUAGUUCUACCCGGCUCAUUACCAAAUAGUCUCACAACACUCACAUUCGGUGAUAAUUAUAAACAAAUAGUUCCACCCGGCACAUUACCAAAAGGUCUCAAGGUAAUAAACAAUAUGUCUGCACAAAAUAAAGUGUGCAAACGCAAACGUCGAGAGAGUUCCCUAAACAGGUCCGAAUGA